UACUAUAAAUAAGAUUUCUGAUAAUGCUGCUGCAGACUUGACAGUUCUGUACAUAUACAACAUGUUCUUCAGCAUUUUUCUCUUGGCAAUAUUGCCAUAUAUUGCUCACUGUGCGUGCCCUACAAUUAUUUCAAGAUCAGAUUGGGGCGCCAGAGCUCCGAGACAAAGGACUAAUUUAAGAGAAGUCCCUCCUCCGUAUGUCGUGGUUCACCACACCGAAGAUCCAGUGGUUUGUACUACUAAAGACGCUUGCAAAAGGAAAGUCAAAAAUAUACAGAAUUAUCACAUGGACGACCCGAAACAUCGAUGGGAUGACAUCGGUUACAACUUCUUGAUCGGUGGAGAUGGUAAUGUUUAUGAAGGUCGAGGAUGGGGACGCUUUGGUUCCCACGCUCGCAGGUUUAAUGGGAAAAGUAUAGGAAUAGCUCUUAUUGGAGCUUUUACAAAUACAACGCCGUCACAAACCCAGCUGAACGCAUUAAAAGAUCUGCUUGCUUGCGGUACAGAAAAGAACUACAUACGUUCAAAUUAUCAUAUGAUCGGCCAUCGCCAAGAAAAAGACACCAGCUGUCCUGGUGACCGACUAUAUAAUGAAAUUUCCACCUGGCCCCAUUUUGAUUCGAGUAUCAGACCUCACUAGUGUUUGAUAAAAUUAAAUGGAUAUGUAACCAGGAAUAACUUGACAAUAAACUAAAGUCAGCAGUGAAA